AUGCAAACAAUAUUGACUGACGCAAAAUUAAUUACAGCUUCAUUGAUUACAGAUAUGCCGUUUGCCGUAGUCGAGACUACGAACGCAAGGGGCCACAAUGAGCUUUCGGCGGUGCCAGAAAAAUGGAUCCGAAGCUCCAAAUCCGGAAACAUUAUGCUGUGGCACAAUUCACAACGAGUUCAAGAUGUGAAAAAAAUGCUUCGGGAUGCCAACAUCACCCCCAAAAAAGCAUGGCUAAAAUAUAAAUGUACGAUCAAGCGGAAUGGCAUCCGGUCCUACGAUGAGGCGAUGGGCUUAUGUGAGGAACUAUCCGGCGAGUCCUCAUCAGAUGCGCGGGCAGCCAGCAGCCAACGUAAGAAAAAGGUUAACCAGAAUCUUGUGAGCUUUCAAAACAUGCUGAUUCUGGAUAGUACAGGUCUGCCUCUACCUCCAGUAAUUGCAAAGCUGGAACCACCAGUUGCUCCACUACGGCCAACUGCCGCACCGUUGCAGUUACAACCCAUACCAAUGCAACCACCACUCGCUUUACCGCAAGCACCAGUUACUCCUCCGCAAGCACCAGCCGCACCGCUGCAAUUACAAGCCAUUCCGAUGCAGCCACCAGUCGCUCCGCUGGAAACACCGGCAGCUACUACUAAAAAGCAUAUGUCAGCGGCUCAUGUGCUGACGGACAUAACAUCGCAAGAUAUCUUGAAGGAAUUGAUGGGAGUAAAUCAUCGCUUGGAUCUUCUUGAGAAGCGUACAGCAGACAUCGCCAUUCAAAAUGAAUUUAUCCUUGAUGCACUCCGAAAGCAGAAUUCCCGCACGAUGAUUGAAGAACAUCUAGAAUUUUGUUUUAAACCUAUUGAACGAGAGGAAGAGCUAGCUGAUCUGGAGCUUAACUUGGAGGAUAACGACUACAAAUCGAAAAUUGUCAAAUGGCUGCGUGUACAUUAUAGCGGUGAUUGUGCAGAUAACCGCAUGCUACGCGUUUUGGAUCUGUUGAUCAGCAAAGAAAUGCAAACGAAAUGCACCUGGACUGGAGCCAGCCGAAAGGGACCAAAAGUAGCGAUCAUGCCCAACCGUAAUAUGCUGCAGCUUUUUGUACAAAUUGGGAGUGACGAUUCGGAAGUGGUUACCCACCAGAAGCUGACCAGAUUUUUUAUGAGGAAGCUUAAGAACUCCCUUAAGCGACUAACCACUACAGGUAAACGUCGAGGAACCAAACAUGUUAGAAAAAAGAAGGCUGACAAUGAAGUGGUCGAGGGUGAAUCUGCACCUGGGCUGAAUAAAGCUACAUCCGAUGAGCAUCGACCAAAACAUGAUAAUAAACCGCAGAGCCAAGUUGUGGAGGAUCCAUAUACUGGAUCAAAUGAUGCUUCAUCAAGCGGACAACAAGCAGCAUGGACUGAUGAACAGGACAACAGUUGCAGUGAUUUUGGAUCUGAGUCAGAUGCUGGUUCGGUCGUCGAUUCAUCUGAUGCAUUAGAUAAUACUGACAUGGUAUCGGAUACUACCGAAUAA